UUCAAACUUGUUAUCAAAUGGCGCCCAGUUAGUUUUUGGUAAUUGCCGGUUCUUCGUGAAUAAAUAUGUCUGAACAGUCGGAGGAAUCGAAGGUACAGAGUACGGAGGAAGCUUCGAACUGGAUUCCUACUUCUUUUUCUGGGACUUCUGAAACAGGUGAAGCAGAUUCUGUAAGUUCCUUUCAGUCAUCGUCAACGCCGGGAUUUACUGCUGUUGAUCAACAAUCUGAUGAUCAAUCAUUUGAUAUCAUAAGUAGGCAGAAAUUAAGUCUAACAAGUAUCGGAGGAAGCAGUAGCCAUGAUAGAACUAGUCCUCGUGUUACUUCUGGUAUUAAUAUGUUUGAAGAGGAUACCAGAAGUUCGUGGAGUGUGGAGCCAAAGCAAACUCAGUUUAAAGAAACUGCCCUGGAUGAAGAUUCUCAGAACAGUGUGAACAGUCAAAAAAGUGCUUUAAAACGGCGAUGUUCCGAUGAUGAAGAUAGUCGCCGUACCUUUCCCCCCGAAAAUUUGUUUGAAUAUAUGUGGCCACAAGAAAAUGGAGAAUUUUUCAUCCUCCAGGAACAAAUAUGUGAUUAUUUGAAUGUGAAAUCAUUCAAAAGAAAAUAUCCAGAUUUAGCAAGGAGGACAGUCGACAUGGACGAAAAACAGUUCCUUAAAGAAAGAGGUGUGGUCACUGAAAUGCAGUGCGAUUUAGGAUUAACUGCUCUACGCUCUGAAGAAGUUUUGGAACUGAUGAGCAAAGAUUACCCAGAUCACUACAAAGAAUAUAUCCGUGUUUUGCGUGAAAAAGAACAACAGACAAUCAGUGAGAAACAUAAGGAAUAUGCUGCCUCAAAUGCUGAUAAGUCAAAAAUGGGUGAUCUUGUAAAGAAAGCAGUCCAGUCUGCAGCAGAGUAUAAUGCCCAUCUGAAUCAAGAGAGACGAGAGGAAAGGCGUUCGUGCAUGGACUUGCAGACCUUUACCAUUCAUUAUCCUGUGAAGACAACCAAAGUAAAAACUUACACAAAGCCUGGCAAGUAUCCUGUGUCACUAUUACCGGGACAAUUCCAAGAUUACUAUAAAGCUUAUUCUUCUGAUGAGUUAAAGUAUCUUCCUGUGAAUACAGUUUUGUAUGGUCCUCUAAAGGAAAUGAGUACCUUGAAAGCACCAUCGGAUGGUAGUCAUUCCGAUUCAGAUGAUAGUACAGCAUCUGAAGGGUCUUGUUGCAGUUCUAGCCAAGGCACUCAUGACGACAGUAGUUCUGGCUCAGAAAAAAAUGAAAAAUCAGAGAAUAGUAGGAAGAGUACUGUUUCAUUAGAAAAGUGCCCCCUAUCAUCAGAUUCUGCAUACCGUCAAAAAGUGAAACCAAAUGCGAUAUGUAAAGUCUGUAAAAUGGGACCUGAAGGUAAAGUCAAAGAUGGUAAACCAGAAGAACUUGUACAUUGUUCUGAUUGUGAAAACAGUGCUCAUCCUUCUUGCAUUGAAUUGACAUCGGAAGUUGUAGAUGUAUUAAAGACAUAUCCUUGGCAAUGUAUGGACUGCAAGGUGUGUUCUCACUGUAGAGACCCAAAUGAUGAAGAUAAAAUGCUUUUCUGUGAUGUUUGUGAUCGUGGAUAUCAUACGUUCUGUGUUGGUUUAAAAAGUUUACCUCAAGGAAAGUGGGUUUGUCGACGGUGUGGCUCAUGUUCAGUUUGUGGGGCAUCCAAGCCAGGACCAGAAACAUCAAAAGCACAAUGGCAGUAUGAUAUUACUAAGGGUUCUGUUGAACUGGAUGUAAAUCGAAGACCAAAAAUAUAUUGUCAGUCCUGUUUUAGGAAAAAGAGAUAAUAUAUUCAAAUAAGGAUGGAUUUAUUGGAUGUACAUUUGUAAAAUUAUCACUUGCAAUGUAAAUUCAUUCAGAAGGGUUUCAUGAGUAGUCAAAAUAAUUAAUUUAAGGAUCUGAAAUGUUUUAUUUGUAAAUUUUUCAUGGCAUUUAUAUUGUUUUACUUUUAUGAUAUUUUUAGUGAAGUUAUGAUAAUUUUUUUUGUAGAUAUGGUGUCAUAAAAUGUGGAUAUUUAAUUUUAUAAAAAUAUAAGUUAUGUAAUAAAAUUAAAUUGGAUGCAAGAUAUUUUUUAAAAAAUAUUUUAAAAAUUAUUAUAAUUAUUUCAGAAUGUGUGGUGCCAAUUUAAAUGUCUGGUAAAUUUUAAAUCUGGGAUUAACUUCUUGGUGACAUUUAUUAAAUAAGAAAUGGUAUACUAUCUUUUAUUGUUAAACUUUGUUCAGGAAUUCUUUUGCAUAUUUAUGACAUUUCAUCAAGGUAAAUUUUUCAUGCAGAAUAUGCUAAUUUAUUUCUUCAGAUGACAAAUCUGUUUAAUUUUUAGUAUCCUUCAUUUUUUUAUUCUUACUGAAGAUGUCCUAAACUUCCCAGUAAAACUAAAACAUUCCCAAUUUUUCAUCCAGUAACCCAAUAAAUCUCUAAAUUUUUUGCUUUUAAUUUUUUUCAAAAUUUAGAUUAUUUCUUUUGAUACCUUUCCGAUAUGCUUGCAGUUUGGCACUCGUUAAAGAGAAGCCAAACACACAUUGAGACUCGAUGAUAGUGCCAUUUGAGCUGUUGUGUAUGUGUGUAUCUAUAAAAUGUUCCUGUAUUGAAAAUUCGGAAGCACUUCCGCAGAGAACCCGGUAAAUGUAAACAUCGCCAACUUUGGCGAUAAUAGUUCAAACCUGGUAACCCAGCGGAUUUAUC